CGCAACUUCGGUUGCUUCACCCACAUAAGGUAGCCACAAAAAUGACCGCAAACACCACCGAGGACCACAAGCUCCGCUGCCAAUGCGGCAGAAGCGAGUGUGAAGAACGAAACCGGAGAAUGGCCAAGAUCGCGAUGGCCGUUGCCUCGGCCUUCCUACCCAACGGCGCGACGCUGGUCCCUCCCGGCUUCUACGCCCACGACUGGAAACACACCGGUCGCCCGGUCCGCUAGAAGAAGGACUGGGAAACCGGUGUUGUCCGACCCCGCAACUUGAUGGAUGAUCUCCAUGAUCAAAUAUCCAUGUCCGUCUCAGGAGAUCAUCAGCCACGCUGCCAGUGUGGCAGGGAUGGAUGCGAAGCAAUUAAUAAACGCAUGGCCACGGUCACGAUGGCCAUCGCGUCAGCUUCGCUUCCGAACGGCAGCACCGUCAAUCCCCCGACCUUUUACCAGCGUAACUGGCAACACACCGGACGUCCGCUGGUUUGGAAGAAGGAUUGGGAUACGGGCGUUGUUCGACCACGCUGUCUCAUGGACGACUUCCGCGAAAAGGAUAGAAAACCACCAAAUCAUGAAGAUCGUUGAGUUGCUGUUGGUCACGAAGGUCCAGUCUGUGGUCAGAGCCUGAUUAUGGCAACCAACUACAAGUCGAUCGUAAUCACCGGAAGAGCCAGUACGAUAGGGCACUAGGUGGAAAGGUUGAGUGAAUGUACGGUUUGAGUGGAACAGUGUAGGUAGGAUAGGAAAUGGGAGAGUGUACGAUAUGCC